UGCAUCGAGUUAAAUAAUGUUGAAUUUGAAUUGCGUUAUUUGCGCCGAACUCUUCGCACAAUCUGAUGAGGUGUACGUCACCAUCUGUGGCCACUUGUUCCAUCACAACUGCCUCAACCAAUGGCUGGAUCGCUCCAAGACAUGCCCCCAGUGCCGCAACAAAUGCACCACCCGGCACAUUUGGCGCGUCUACUUCAACCUGGCUAACCUGGACGUUAGUCGGAUCGAUGUUGGCUCACUGCAGGAGCAGCUGGACAACGCAAAUCUAGCCGUGAAAAUGAAGGAGAAGGAGUUCAAAAAGGUGGAGCAGCAACUAAAGGAGCUGAAGGAUACGCAAAAGAAGUGCCUCAAGACCAUCGCUGGUCUCGAACAGAAGGUGCAGAAGAAGGAGUUCCUGGUUAGCAGCUACGUGGAACAGAUUAGCCUCCUUAAGAGCGAAGCCCAACUGCUGGAUGGCUUGCGCAGGGAGAACAAGUCUCUUAAACUCCAAGUCCAAUCAAUGGAAGGUGUUUCGGCCAUUCUGGCUGCUAGCUCUGCGGAUGCCGAGCUUCUGCUCAAGAAUGAGGCCAAUCCCUAUGUCCUGGCAAGCUGGGUAUCCACACUAAAGCGGGAGCUGCGGCAGUGCGAGAACAAGAAGACGGAGCUUCGAAACAUAAUUAAGCUGGUGCAGAAUGAUUUGCGCAAGGAAAUCGACCUGAAGCGUACGAUGGAAGAGCGGAUUUCGCAUCUGGAGAGCGAUCUUUACCAGAACCAGGAGAAGCUUCUUGCUUUGGAACGGGAUCAACCGAUCAAUGUGGAUUCGCCCAACAGCUCGACCGGUCUGAACAGCAACAUUAUGGCGCUGAAGCGUGAUGAGAAGCGUAUCACCAUUUCGCCCACAAUUAAGGAAAACAUCAAGCGCAUUGAAGAGUCGAAUUCCCCAUACCUCAACAUCAAGUCCAGCAGCGUGGGGCUGAGUCACCUUCUGAAUACCAAGUGCAGCACAGGACUCAGCAGCAUAUCUCCUAUAAUGAGUGGUGCCUCCGGUGUGAGUAUGGCCAGCGGCACCGUGCGCAAAACUAGCAGUGAUCUUAGUUCAAAGUACUCGAUAUUCAAGAAACCGCGUCUGCUGUUGGGCUCAGGCAGUUCUGGGGUGGCGGCAACCAUGGGCUCAAACUUUGUGUACAAUGGAAUGGGCGGUUCCGAAAAGAUAGAUCCCUUUGCGCAGCGCGCCGAGGAGGAGAGUCAAGCUAAUGGCGUGCAGGCACCUUUGGCCAGGAAUGUCAACCAGCGCCUGAAGGCCGGAACGCUGCGCAAUUUUAAGAUCGGCAAAUAGGCGCCGCGGAUAGUCUGAUUAUUAGGGAAAUAAAUUAACCAAGACUGCCUCAGUUGUGAAUAGAUUGCGAUAGCUAUUGAGGAUGAUAUUUUAGGUUAGCAAAUGCACGAUUUAUCAGUAGUAGGAGUGAGUGUGUAGCUCGUGCUGGCAUGCAGAAUAAUGAAGUUAUACCUAGGUUAUAAAAAUACAAAAUACAUAAUCAA